AUGUAUAUGCUUUUUAAAGAUCAAUUAAAAAAAGACGAUGAAGAAAAUGAUAGUCAGAAAUUAGUUACAAAUAAAAAAAUAUGUCCAUCUUCCAAAAGUGAAAAUACUCUAUCUUCAAAAUAUUUCCAAAAAGAAAAUAGAAGAUUCAAGCAUAACUUAAACAUUCUAGAUAACAACUCCAAUUUAAUAGACAUUAAGUUGGAAUUAAUCAGUGAAAGAGAAAACGAAUUUGAUAUAACAAAAAAUAAGGAUGGGGAACCAACAGGAAUUGUAAUAGCAUGCUGUCUAGGAACAGAUUUUCACUUUUCCCGAUUUAUAAAGGACCUUAAAGAACAUAAUAUAAGCAAAGAUUUUAUCAAAAUAAAAAAAGUAUAUAGUGAAGUAAUAUUUUGUUCAGCUUUCGAACAAAAAAAAACAUUUUUUUUGUUUCGCUUUGGUUGUAUUGUUCUUUGGGAUUUCAACAUAAAAGAAAAGGAGAUAUUAAUUACAAAUUUGAGGAAAUAUUUAAGUGAAGCAUAUGCAGAAAAUAACAAUGAAAUGGAUAGCAUGUUUUACAUCAUGAAUAUACACAAUAAUGGAGAUAAUUAUAAACAUGAAAAAAAUAUAGAUGGAAAUUCCUUUAAAAUAAAAAAUGAUAUUAUAUAUAUUUAUACAAAAAAUAUAUUUGAAAAGUUAAGUUAUUCAUAUGCAUUUGCACAGAGUGUAAAAUUGUCGUAUUUUGAAAAUGUGGUUGAUGAUACAAUAGAUAAGACAAAAAAUAUUCCAGAGUGUAUCGCUAGAACAGGACAAAUUCAGUUAAAGAAAAAUGACAUAAGUAAAAAAAUUGGAGAAUUAUUCGUAAACAGAUUUUAUGUAAAUAUGAAUAGUGAUAUGUUAGACACACCAGAAAUAUUUUGGGACCAUGAGGAUUUUACUGAAACAUAUGAACAUUUUAGGAAAUAUUUAGAUAUAUCAAAAAGAGUAGAAAUAUUAAAUCACAGACUCGAUAUAAUUAAGGAUUUGUAUGAUAUGCUACAAAACGAAUUAACAAUUCAGCAUGGAUAUAAGUUAGAAUGGAUAGUUAUAUACUUAAUAUGUGUAGAAGUUAUUAUAGAUAUUGUUUGGACAAUUAUAAUUAAAGGUGUUUUUAAAUGGAGAUAA